ACACGAUAGAGCCACCGGAAAAUGUUUUACGAACCCGAUUACGGCAACACAAAGCGAUGGAUUCGCUUCCGAAUAUAUAAAGUAGCAAAUAAGUCUCGGAAUUCGCUCUAGCAAACCUCGUAUUGCUCUGUUCCUGGCCGAUUUAGUCUUUCCAGGUACGAAACCAAUCAGAAGCUGCAAGCCGCAAGGGACGGUCAACUACAUCUCGAUCACUGGCUACGAUAUCUUUCUCGAUCCCGUAUCCGACGAUAGUUAGGUCACCAUCUUCUUUAGCAUCUCCUUAUCUAGUUUUUAAUCGACGAAUUGAAACCCGCCGCAUUUCUAGCUUAACGAAAGUGGCGCACAGUAGACAGAAACCUCUAGGUUCCAUUUUUAGAUCCGUCGCUUUCAAGUGUAACAAUAUGACGCGUUGUAUCAAUUGUAAAAGAGUCUCGAGGUGAAUUAAAGGAUUUUAAUCAGUCUCUUCCGGGUGGACUUUCGGUCUACGCCUGUCUGAGAUGUCUUGCUUCACUUCGCGUUCCGGUUCUUACACCAGCGAAUCUGCCAUCACCAACGAGCGUCAUGAUUGCCAUCAUUUCUACUAGGAAUCCAUCUUCAUCAUCUGCGAAUCUGUCCUCAGGCAAGCGCAUUAUAAAAAUAAUAAUAUCUGUUUCUACCGUCGUAGGCGUCGCAUUGGUUAUCGUAUUUGCAAUCGCUUGUUAUGCGAUACUUCGCCGCCGGCGACAAGCCUCCCUUCUUGCCUUUCAGGCUGCGCGCCUCCGGGAUCCAACUUUAACUUGGGAAGAACAUGCCCGAAGACGUCGAUUCACAAAUUCACGGCUCUUAUUCGAGGAAGAGGUACAACGUAGCACAAUCAUCCGAAAAUCGCUCCAGAGCCGUACAUCGCUCGCACACGCACGAAUACAGAGACUCGGAGGAAACUUUCACCCUAAGAAUAGUAACACCAAGGGAGUCAAGGACGGAGAUGGGAUAGGACUUCAGUCGCAAGAAGGCCAUGGACACUGGCUCUACCAGGUGUCAUACUCGGAGAGUCAGCAGAGACUCUUGGGAGGUAAAUCCUCUCAACCACCCACGCGAUAUUUGCAGCCUACGGAAGAAGGCGACGAAAGUGUCUCACUACCCCCACCACCCACACGGCUCAAGACGCCACCACUGCUAGCGCAUCCAGCAUUGAGGGAUUGGGCUCCGGAGAUGGUGCGGGCGGGGUAAUAAAGAGGACGUUUUGACUAUUUUGAUCCUGAUUUGGUGGGCAGGCUGCGUAAAUUGAAUUCUGUAGUAUUUUGAACUGACGGACUCUAGAGUCCAUAAUGUAAUC